UAAACCAACGUAAAAGCGUUGGUAGAGAAAAGGCAAAUAACAAUGAGAUCUUCUUCAAGGAUGGGGUCUUCAACCCAUCUCAUCUACGCUCUAGGCGUGAUCAUCAUGGCAACAAUGGUUGCUGCGUAUGAACCAGUGACAUUGCCACCACUCCCGUCAUAUUCACCAUCUCCAAAGGUAGAAUACAACACUCCUCCCCUACCGUACAUUAGCAAUUCUCCACCACCACCAACAUACUAUUCUCCAUCACCAAAGGUUGAUUACAAAUCUCCACCACCACCAUAUGUCUACAGUUCUCCGCCACCACCACCAUAUUAUUCACCAUCUCCAAAGGUUGAGUACAAAUCUCCUCCUCCACCAUAUGUCUACAAUUCUCCACCACCACCAUACAAUUCACCAUCUCCUAAGGUCGAGUACAAAUCUCCACCACCACCAUAUGUUUAUAGUUCUCCUCCACCACCUCCUUACUACUCUCCAUCACCAAAAGUAGAUUACAAGUCUCCUCCACCACCAUAUGUCUACAGUUCUCCACCACCACCACCAUAUUACUCACCAUCUCCCAAGGUUGAGUACAAGUCUCCUCCACCACCAUAUGUCUAUAGUUCUCCACCACCACCUCCGUAUUAUUCUCCAUCACCGAAGGUAGAUUACAAAUCUCCUCCUCCACCAUAUGUCUACAGUUCUCCACCACCACCAUACUAUUCUCCAUCUCCUAAGGUAGACUAUAAGUCUCCUCCACCACCAUAUGUCUACAACUCCCCUCCACCACCUUAUUACUCUCCAUCACCUAAAGUAGACUACAAGUCUCCACCACCACCAUAUGUUUACAGUUCUCCACCACCACCACCAUAUUAUUCUCCAUCUCCCAAAGUAGACUACAAGUCUCCACCACCACCAUAUGUUUACAGUUCUCCACCACCACCAUAUGUCUACAGUUCCCCACCACCACCUCCAUACUACUCCCCAUCACCGAAGGUUGACUAUAAAUCUCCUCCUCCACCAUAUGUCUACAGUUCUCCACCACCACCAUAUGUCUACAGUUCCCCACCACCACCUCCAUACUACUCCCCAUCACCGAAGGUUGACUAUAAAUCUCCUCCUCCACCAUAUGUCUACAGUUCUCCACCACCACCAUACUACGCUCCAUCUCCAAAAGUAUACUACAAGUCUCCUCCACCACCAUAUGUUUACAGUUCCCCACCACCACCAUAUUACUCACCAUCGCCUAAGGUUGUAUACAAAUCUCCUCCACCCCCAUAUGUCUAUAGUUCGCCUCCACCACCAUACUAUUCACCUUCUCCAAAGGUACACUAUAAAUCUCCACCACCACCUUAUGUUUACAGUUCCCCACCACCACCAUACUAUUCACCUUCCCCUAAGGUACACUACAAGUCUCCACCACCACCAUAUGUCUACAGCUCUCCACCACCACCAUACUAUGCUCAAUCUCCUAAAGUAUACUACAAGUCUCCUCCACCACCAUAUGUUUACAGUUCCCCACCACCACCAUAUUACUCACCAUCUCCAAAGGUUGUAUACAAAUCUCCUCCACCUCCAUAUGUCUAUAGUUCUCCUCCACCACCAUACUAUUCACCUUCUCCGAAGGUACACUACAAAUCUCCUCCACCACCUUAUGUUUACAGUUCCCCACCACCACCGUACUACUCACCUUCCCCUAAGGUUUACUACAAGUCUCCACCACCACCAUAUGUCUACAGCUCUCCACCACCACCAUACUAUUCACCAUCCCCUAAAGUACCAUACAAAGCGCCAAAACACCCUCAUGUAUGUGUUUGUCCACCACCUCCUCCAUGUUAUAGUCCAUCACCAAAGACAGUAUACAAAUCUCCACCACCACCAUAUGUCUACAGUUCUCCACCACCACCAUACUAUUCUCCAUCCCCUAAAGUAUACUACAAAUCUCCUCCACCACCGUAUGUCUACAGUUCUCCACCACCACCGUAUUACGCACCUUCCCCUAAAGUGUACUACAAGUCUCCACCACCACCACCAUACUACUCACCAUCUCCUAAGGUAGAGUACAAGUCUCCUCCACCACCGUAUGUUUACAGCUCACCACCACCGCCAUACUACUCACCAUCUCCUAAAGUAAACUACAAAUCUCCUCCACCACCAUAUGUCUACAGUUCUCCACCACCACCACCAUACUACUCACCUUCUCCAAAGGUUGAUUAUAAGUCUCCUCCACCACCAUAUGUCUACAGUUCUCCACCACCACCACCAUACUACUCACCUUCUCCAAAGGUUGAUUAUAAGUCUCCUCCACCACCAUAUGUCUACAGUUCUCCACCACCACCACCAUACUACUCACCUUCUCCAAAGGUUGAUUAUAAGUCUCCUCCACCACCAUAUGUCUACAGUUCUCCACCACCACCACCAUACUACUCACCUUCUCCAAAGGUUGAUUAUAAGUCUCCUCCACCACCAUAUGUCUACAGUUCUCCACCACCACCAUACUACUCACCAUCGCCUAAGGUAGACUACAAAUAUCCUCCACCACCUUACGUCUACAGCUCUCCACCACCACCGUACUACUCACCUUCCCCUAAGGUUUACUACAAGUCUCCUCCACCACCGUACGUUUACAGCUCUCCUCCACCACCAUAUUACUCACCUUCCCCUAAAGUGUACUACAAGUCUCCUCCACCACCAUACGUUUACAGUUCUCCACCACUACCAUAUGUCUACAGCUCACCACCACCACCACCAUACUACUCACCAUCUCCUAAAGUAGAGUACAAGUCUCCUCCACCUCCAUACGUCUACAGUUCUCCACCACCACCAUACUACUCACCUUCCCCAAAAGUUGAGUACAAAUCUCCAUCACCCCCAUAUGUCUACAGCUCUCCACCACCACCACCAUACUAUUCACCAUCUCCUAAAGUAGACUACAAAUCCCCUCCACCACCAUACGUCUACAGUUCUCCACCACCACCAUACGUCUCACCUUCCCCAAAAGUUGAAUACAAAUCUCCACCACCAGCUUCGUAUUACUGAAAACCAGUAAAUGCGGGUAUUAAAUAAGCUUUCCAGUAUUAUUUGAUUUCAAAUAUUUUCUUCUUGUUACAUGUGUGCAAUCAAUUUCAAUUUUCUUGAGAAUGUGGACUAAUAACAUGGCUACAAUACCUUUAUAUGGUUUCAUAUGUUCUCUUUUAUUUAAUUACUACAAAGAUUUCUUGCGGUCU